CACGCCGCGCGGCUGCGGCCACGUGACGUAUAAUGUGACGGCUCCUACAGUUCUGACAGGAGGAACUAUAUGAUGCGAAUCUCUGUGUCUGGCCGGAUGAUUAUCUCCGCUGUACAUAAAGAUGGCCGCCUCCAUGGGAGGAAUGUUCCUACUCCGGGCACUGAGGAACCCCAACCUGACAUUCUGUAGAUACGGGCACAAGAAAAAGUGGGCCACCACUCUUCCAAAAGUCACAUGUUCCAGACUUGCCCUGCAGUAUUAUGACAAUAACUACAGUUUGCAAUUUGGAGACCUCUGGCCUUCAAUCCGAAUCGGCCUCCUCUCAGAACAGAAGUACGGAGCACUCAUCAAUAACUAUUCCAGAAACGAGGCUGUGAUAGAGAAUCUGACUUCUCUAAAUGCCACUGACUUUCUGUGUGAGGCUUAUGAGAUAAUGGCUCAGUCACAGGCUCCGGAGGUAGUGGAGGACACAGAGAACAUCUCUGCGGAUGCAUUUCCUUGUGAGACACACAGUACAGAACAGGAGAAAGGAAGUAUUCUGACUACAGCGAACCUCACAUGUUGCACCUACCCCCGAGGUGACAUCAGCCGCUUUCCACCAGCCAGGUCGGACAUCUUUGGUCUACUGGAGUAUUACUUGAUGGAUGCAGCUUCACUUCUCCCUGUCCUGGCCCUCAAUGUCCAGCCGGAACACUGUGUCCUAGACUUGUGUGCAGCCCCUGGGGGGAAGACGCUGGCAUUGCUGCUGAACAAUUGCAGUUACCUUGCAGCCAACGACGACUCUAUUUCUCGCUGCAAACGCCUGCGCAGGGUCCUGCAGUCCUACAUCCCGCAGGAGUUGCGUACAGAGGACCGAGUGCGUGUCACUUCGUGGGAUGGAGCAGACUGGCCAGAGGAGGGCGUGUAUCACCGGGUUCUGGUGGAUGCUCCGUGUACCACAGACAGACAUUCUCUUCUAGAGGAGGAGAACAACAUCUUCCAUCGUAUGAGGACAAAGGAGCGUCAGAUGAUUCCACUGCUGCAGACUAUGCUCCUGGUGUCCGGCCUGCGGGCUGCGGCACCAGGAGGGGAGGUGGUGUAUGCCACUUGCUCUCUUUCUCAGCUCCAGAAUGAGUGUGUAGUGGAGAGGGCACUCGAGCUGGCGGCCUCGGAGUAUGGAGUCCAUGCUGAGAUCAAGAACCUCCGAUCCUUCCGCGAUGUGUUCAGAAAUACUUUCAAUUUCCACACAAAUUGCCGCAUAGGAGAACUGGUCGUUCCUCAUCUCACUGCAAACUUUGGACCUAUGUACUUCUGUAAGCUGCUCCGCAUGCGAUAGCCGCACACAUGGGACACGGUAGAAGAGACACUGGAGAGAAUCCUAGAACUCCCGGUGGAAAUGUUUCCCCAUUGUUGCUGCCAGGGAUGAACUGGGGAUAAAGAUUGGCCCUGGCAUUCCUUCUGUCUGUGCGUGCACAAACAUGGGCGUGGUCACGGAUCAUGCCCUGUCUGAACAUGCCAGUCUAGCAGAACGCUGUGAAACAGCUGCUCAGCCAGGCCUCCUGAAUGUCGGACCGGUCCACCAGGCCAUCGGCCCUUCUGGCAAGUGGCUAGUCCGGCCUUGGUGUCUGGCAGUGAGAGGGUGUCCUGUGUGCAUUCUGGGAAUGAUGCCCCCUACUCUGACCACCAGAGCACGGACAUUUUUCCUUUCUGAUAAUGAAAUGUACAAACCAUAAACUUUGUUCAGUAUUGUGUGAUAGUGUCUUUGGCAUCUAUUCCUGGAAAGGGAAUUCAUAACAAAUCAGCCUGGAGCAUAAUUUCUAUUGUAAAAAUUGUGCAGACCAUCAAAACGAAAAUGGCCAUAAAAAGUAAUAAAAGAUUUGAUUGCAAAUAUCAGAAAAGUGAUUUUAUUGUGGAGUAAAGCCGGGUACACACUAGGCGAUACUGAAAUGCCAGAGAUCAACAACUAUAUCGUUGAAUAAUAUAGCGUUCAAUGAUAUAGCGCGUACACACUGAAUGUUAUUGUUAAACGAUAACGAUCAGUGAUGUCACCGCCGGCAUUCCCAGACAUGCAGCUCAGCCCGACAUUGACGUGUUGAGCUGCAUGUCAGCUCAAUAUUGGUGUUUGCUGAACGACGUGCGGGAGCGUGCAACGUUCAUCAUUCACCAAUAAUACCACCAUACACACUAGAAGCCUAAAAAUGAACGAUAACAACAUUUAUGACGUUAUUGUUUAUUUUUUAGGCCAAAUUCGCCCAAUGUGUAUCCGGUUUAAAUUUUACUUUUUGUUUGCAGUGUUUUAAAAAACAAAAUGCAACCACUUUUUAUAUGUAAUAAACUAUAGAAAGUUUGGAUGACUUGACAAUAUAGUUGUUUUUUAAGCAGUCAUGUAGGAGAACGCCAGCAAUAAAGGGUCGGCUCAGGAUGUAACUAACGUUACAGAAUGGAUAAAAGCAAUGUAAAUAACCUAAUUCUUUAAUUGCAGAUGCUGUAAUAUCUAUAUUUAAGCUGGGAGUUGAGAGUGAUUUCCAUGGUAACGCCAGCAACUCUGUGUAACAUAGAUCAGACUGCAGAAGAUAUCGCUAUGCUAAUAUAAGAACGUUGUGUCUAUCAGUUUGUUCCAAGUUGGUGCAAGAACUACUGAACCGGUUUUAAUGAAUACUGUAUAAUUUUGUAGUUGGAACUCCAUCCGUCAAGUUAAAGCAGUAAUAGAAAAAAAAAUAUUUGCAUCACUGGUGCAAGUGAGGGGGUGGCACCAUGUGUGGGGCUGGUAAUGAGUGGGGGCAGAGGUGCACAGGGGCACACAGUGGUGGGUGAGGGUGCUACUGUCUGUAUAGCGCUUCUGGUCACAUGGGCCACUCCUGCGACAAGGCCUCUGUGCAAAGCUUUGCAAUUAGAACACCUCAAAUAAAAAGUCAGAAGUGAUUUCAUUGUUGGCAAUGGCUAGUAAAACAUAAACAGGGACCACUGAACUCCACAACCAGGAAAGGUGUAAUACAGUGUUACUCUGAUGUUCCACUGCAGCCCUGAUAUCAGGUAAAUUGGCACCCACCCCCUAUAUUAUUUGUGCAGUGGCCUGAUGGAAACUAAUACAGAUGAAAUAUUCUGUAGAUGUUGUAGUUGCUGCCGCAUCACCGAUUCCACCAAGUUGCACAGCAAGUCUGCCAAGCUGUCAGUGUUCCUUCUGUUAUACAGGUGGAUGAUGUCGUCCAAUUCUCCAGGAUUCACCACCAUUCCUAUGCGGCUAGAUCAGACUCCAGGCAGGUUUCCACUUACUGAUAUGAAUACAUUGUUUUAGUAUUUAAAAAAUAAGGGUGUGUUGCAGAAGAUCUACAAUGUCUAGAUUGACGGUUAUUAGGUCGACAUGGACAAAAUGUUGACCUAUGAAAGAUCGAUAAUGGAAAAGUUCGACAGGGUCAAAAUGUCACCAUGACCAUGGUUGACACCUUUUGUUUGCAUUUUUGGGGUUAGUGUGAAUAUUUUUUCCAUCUGGGACCACCGCUCGCCACAAGGUUACUAAAGGUUAUGAUUUGUGACAUGGACAGUCAAGGAUGGAAUUACUUCAAAAACAUAAAAAAAAAAACCCACAAAAAUAUGUGGACCAUGUGUGUGUCAACCAUUUGAACCUGUCGACCCUUUAUACAUUUCAACCUUUUCAACUGUCUACUUUUCACAGGUCGACCUUUUGCUCAUGUCAAACAUAUGGUGUCGAACUAUUGACUGUCGACCUAGGCACUGUAGAUCUAUAGUCCGGAUCCCAAAAAAUAGUCUAUGGUAAACACGAGGCGAAUAAGAAAGAGAUCAGCCCUCUGCAUUCAGUGCCAUACACAAGCGGCUGUAGCCGCUGGUACCGACGGUGCUCUCUGAACUGUACAUGAACGUUGUGCUUCACACUGAGAAAGGUGUAUUAAUAAAAAAACCCUCUGGUAACCAUACAGUGAUCUAGCUCCAUGAGCUCCAGUACACUGACCUUGUUGGCUGAUGAAAAUCGGCCCUCUAUGUUCAAGCUGCAUUACAUAUUAAUUACCGUCUGAUAACUGCUACAAGUGCCAGAGCUGCCCUUUCAUGUUACCAGGAUCCCUCCAGGAUUAGCACAGUGCUGACCCUGAGCCCUGAAUACGAAAACUGCAGAUCCCGGCACAUCGUCUAUGCUGUAACCUGUCAAAUAGCCGCUGAUUGGAAAAAUCACUCAACCUUUCCUAUGUCGGCAAUUCUAUUCCAUAUCUGAUAUGUCUAUACAAUGGAGUAUAUGACUGCCAUAAUCUGUACUUCCUCUAAAUCUUUUACUAAUAUUUGGACCCGUGGCAGGUUUCUCAAAAUGCCCCCUCCCUAUCUGACACUUGCCUUCCUGACUUGGAUUCUUGUAGAUGAUUGUGUACAAUAGGGUCCAUAUUCCUGAUUAUAUUCUAGUAGAAGCAUUAUUAAUAAAGGGAGGUUUUCUCACCUUUGAUAUUAUGUAGUUGUUAAUUUAACUCCGCACCAGAUUAUUAUAUUUUAUAUAAAAUAGUGGGGCCGGAUGUAAUGACGCCCGAGACCGCCGUUUUGUACUUUUACAUGUUAUGAUUUUAUAAAACAAUGGCUGCAUGAUCUUUUGUUUUCUUUUUAUUAAGUCGGAAAGAAAUGAUCAAUAAAUGGUGUCAUUUUUUACAGCA